CUGCUGGAUCACUGCUACAGUUCUGGAGCACAUGUUGACUACAGAGCAGAGAGGAGAGCUGCCCAAGACCCUGACUGACCUGUACUCACACUUCCUGCUGGUUCAGAUAAAGAGGAAGAAGCAGAAGUACGAUGAGGGACAUGAGACGAGUCCACAGGAGCUGACGGAGGCUGACAGGGAGGUUCUUCUGAAGCUGGGGAGGCUGGCGUUUGAACAGCUGGAGAAAGGAAACAUCAUGUUCUACCAAGAAGACCUGGAGCAGUGUGGUCUUGAUGUCACAGAGGCCUCGGUGUACUCAGGAGUUUGUACAGAGAUCUUCAAAAGAGAGAGUGUGAUCUUCCAGAAAACAGUCUACUGCUUUGUUCAUCUGAGCGUUCAGGAGUUUCUGGCUGCAGUCUACAGGUUCCACUGUUUCACCAGCAGGAACACAGAGAGACUGGAGGACUUCCUGAGGAGUUCCAUGGAGAAAUCUCUCAAAAGUAAAAAUGGCCACCUGGACCUGUUUGUUCGCUUCCUUCAUGGCCUCUCUAUGGAGUCCAACCAGAGACUCUUAGGAGGCCUGCUGGGUCGGACAGACAACAGUCCAGAAAUCUUCCAGAGAGCCAUCAACAACCUGAAGGAGAUGAUCAUGUACAUGAUCUCUCCUGACAGAAGCAUCAACAUCUUCCACUGUCUGACGGAGAUGAACAACCACUCAGUACAUCAGGAGAUCCAAGAGUUCCUGAAGUCAGAGAACAGAUCAGAGAAGGAACUCUCUGUGUUCCACUGCUCAGCUCUGGCCUACAUGCUGCAGAUGUCAGAGGAGGUUCUGGAUGAGUUGGACCUGAAGAAGUACAACACAUCAGACCAGGGACGACAGAGACUGAUUCCAGCUGUGAGGAACUGCAGAAAGGCUCAACUCUCCCUCUGUGGACUCUCAGGGACUCACUGUGAAGUUGUGGCCUCAGCUCUGAAGUCCAACCCCUCCCAUCUGAGAGAGCUGGACCUGAGUAAAAACUAUCUGGAGGAUUCAGGAGUGAAGCUGCUGUCUGCUGGACUGGAGAGUCCAAACUGUAGACUGGAGACUCUGAGAUUGUGGGGCUGCUGUUUGUCAGAGAUCAGCUGUGCUUCUCUGGCCUCAGCUCUGAAGUCCAACCCCUCCCAUCUGAGAGAGCUGGACCUGAAUAACAACCAGCUGCAGGAUUCAGGAGUGAAGCUGCUGUGUGGUUUUCUGGAGAGUCCACACUGCAGACUGGAGACUCUGAGAUUGAGGGGCUGCAGUUUGUCAGAGAUCAGCUGUGCUUCUCUGGCCUCAGCUCUGAAGUCCAACCCCUCCCAUCUGAGAGAGCUGGACCUGAGCUACAACAAGCUGCAGGAUUCAGGAGUGAAGCUGCUGUGUGGUUUUCUGGAGAGUCCACACUGCAGACUGGAGACUCUGAGAUUGUGGGGCUGCAGUUUGUCAGAGAUCAGCUGUGUUUCUCUGGCCUCAGCUCUGAAGUCCAACCCCUCCCACCUGAGAGAGCUGGACCUGAGUAGCAACAAGCUGCAGGAUUCAGGAGUGAAGCUUCUGUCUGAUCUGAAGGAGAGUCCACACUGUAGACUGGAGACUCUGAGAUCGUGACUGUAAGGUUUAGCCCCAUGGUGGAAGGAGGAGACAUGGACAUGAGUUCUUCACCUGGUGCUUCAAUUUAUUUUUAAACCAGAUGCGUGGAAAGUGCAGUUGUGCAAGUGAGGUAUUGUAAAAAUAUAUCAAAAAUUAACAAAAACAAACAACGAGAAAACUAAGUAUAUACUAUUCAAAUUAUCAUUACAAACUGAGAUUACGCAAAACAAAGCAAAACAAAACCUAUAUCAGCCCUGACUAUUGGGCUCCAGCACAUGUGCACUUCCAGGCCCAAACUGUUCUCUCCAGGGGGCCUCUGCCUCCUUCCUUUAUAGCAGAAGCCCCUCCUACAAGACAAACCAAAGUUAAUUGACAAUCAAUUAAACACCAUUAUGUUAUCCCAACCAUCAAACACAUCUCUGGCUACAUCACCACACAACAAAUCAACUAGAAAACCAGAAAUGAAGUGUUACCGGCUAAACAAAAGCUUCUCAAAAGAGCAACUUUAAGAUACUCCCGUACACCCCUCUGUACUGGCUCACACUUGGACCAUUCCAGGUCUUCUCCCUAUAAAUGACUCCACACUCCAUCACUUCCUGUUUGCCCCUUUGGCCCAGAUCCCUGCUUGAUGAGGAGAACAGGUGAAUAAAACACAAACACUUGAAUGAACUUGGGUAAAUCCCAUAAGCUAAAAUAAAUUACUUGAAAUGAA